AUGACAUCCCUCUCAUUACUUAUCACCGGAGUUUCCGGAUACAUUGGAGGCACAAUCUUGUCCUCAAUCCUUGACGCUCAGGGGCAAUGGACCGAACAGCUGGAAAUCGCAGCCCUCGUGCGAAGCGAAUCACAAGCAAACACGGUCCAGAAACUAGGUGUUAAGCCUGUGACGUUUUCUAGCUUCGAUGAAACAGAGCUCCUGGAGAAGAUUGCCGCAGACUUCGACAUCAUCAUACACGCCGGCGCAGGCUGGCACACACCCUCCGCCAAAGCAUUGAUUACGGGCCAAGGCACCAGACAUGCCAAAACGAAUCGCCCGGCUCACUAUAUCCAGAUAUCGGGGACAUCCAACCUGAGCGAUCGCCCCCACACGGAUGGGUAUACCGAUACCCACUGCUUCUCCGACGAAGAAGACAUCUACUCGUACGAAAAGUACCGAGAAUCCCGCGAGGCGUAUCAUCAGCGCACCACCGAUAUCACCGUCAUAGAGACUGGCGAGGCGGUCGGGGUGACCACGUAUAUUGUCAUGGCCCCGACCAUUUUCGGCCAGGGCACGGGGCCGUUCAACCGCUACUCAAUCCAGCUGCCGGCUAUGAUCGCCGAUGCCGUGAGAAGCGGCGCGGUCAGUGUCGUGGCCCAGGGAAACACAAUCUGGAGCCAUGUCCACGUCAAAGACGUGGCAGGCUUGCAUGUGACCCUGCUCUACAAAAUCUGCACUAAAGUCGCGAUCCCAUCCGGUCGGAAAGGCAUCUACUUUUGCGAGACCGGCGAGCAUUCGCAUCGCGAGUUCUCGGUGCGUUUGGCCAAGGCAGCCCAUGAGCUGGGGGUCUUGCCGACUGCGAACGUCAGAGAGAUUACCCUGGAGCAGGCGGGAGACAAGUUGGCCCUUGGCAGUGUCUCUAGAGCCGAGCUAUCCUUUGCUGCCAACGCCCGAACAAAGGCCGUGCUAGGUCGUAAGCUGGGCUGGACCCCGUUGCAUGGUGACGAGUGGGAGGGUACCUUCCAUACUGAAGUCAGCGCGUUUAUCAAGAAUCCCCCGGUCGCACGGGAGAUUCCGAAAUUCCUCAAAAAAUAA